UCAUGGGGCAUUGGACCUCAAUGGAUACGGACCUAUAUGCAGCUGCCCAUAUCGUACGGCCUCUCUUUCCCUCCAAAGUUGGUGUCUUUCCCCCUAGUUACCACCUCGUUUCUACAGGAGUCUGCAUCCACUAUCCAGUAAAGGCGUCUCAGAUGGAGGUCGCUGGCUCCGAUUCCGAUGGCCGCGAGUUCAGGAACGCAGAUGAGAUGUGGAGGGAACAGACCGGUGACGACAACAAGAAGACCCAAUGGUACCGCGACGGCGUUGCCUACUGGGAAGGUGUGGAGGCGUCGGUGGAUGGAGUAUUGGGUGGUUAUGGGCAAGUGAACGAUGCUGAUGUGAAGGGCAGUGAAGCUUUUCUUCAGACCCUUUUAUCUGAACUUUUCGUCGACAGUGGAAUUGGCCGGCAUCUUGUUGCUCUUGAUUGUGGUUCUGGCAUUGGGAGGAUAACCAAGAAUCUUCUCAUACGAUAUUUUAAUGAGGUUGAUCUUCUUGAACCAGUAUCACAUUUCCUAGAUGCUGCCCGUGAAAGUUUGGUCAAUGAAAAUCAUAUGGCAUCAGAUACACACAAGGCCACUAAUUUCGUUUGCACUCCACUUCAGGAAUUCACACCUGAUGCUGGAAGAUAUGAUGUUAUCUGGGUUCAGUGGUGUAUUGGACAUCUUACAGAUGAUGAUUUUGUUUCAUUUUUCAAGAGAGCAAAGGUUGGCCUCAAACCUGGUGGUUUCUUUGUCUUGAAAGAGAACACUGCACGAAGUGGAUUUGUAUUGGACAAAGAAGAUCGAAGCAUCACUAGGUCUGAUGCGUACUUCAAGGAGCUCUUCAGUCGAUGCGGGUUGCAUCUUUAUAAAUCAAAGGUCAACUCCUCUCACAUGAUCAGAGGGGACUUCCCAAGGAACUAUUUACUGUGAAGAUGUAUGCUUUAACACCGGAUAUGCCAAAGAAAAUCGGUAGGACUAGAUCCAGAACACAAGCCAAUAGGCCUGGCAUCAUCAAAUGAGGACUAUUCUCUCAGAGCUUCUAAAAUUGUUGUAAAAGGUUUUGUACGUUUCCAGUGGAUAAAAGCAGGAUGUACAUGCUGUGAGACCCAUGUAAGAAUAGCUGGAGGCUGCAUUUUCUACAUUCUUCAUGAAUCCGUCUUCUUUGUCCUUUUGUUCCUAAUCACCCUCAGUCCUCACCCUUUUAUUUCAUGAUGUACUCUAUUAGUUUCAUUUUAUUGCAUCAAUCUCAGUAAUGUUUUUCAAGAGAUUGUUCUUUGCAAUACUAGGGCGACAGGCUUCAAAAGUAUACUGUGGCUAAUGUUGGCAAUAGGCCUUUUGAUUGUCCCAGGUAAUCUGUGUUCUAUAUAAGGCUGGAAUUUGGGAUA